AUGACCCAAAUGGUGAAAUGGAAUACAUUUAUUAUAUUUGCUAAAGACGCAAACCGAGAAGGGGCCAAGCUCUCGGCCAACCACUUUGUGGGCCAAGAUGGGAAUCCCGAAGGCGCUGACAAGCUGAACGAGCGCCCCGGGAACACCAGACCGAGACUCAGCAGGGACAGGGCCCAGCUUUCUUACGGACAGCGGCCAGGAGCUGCUUUUUUUUUUGUGCUGCUGCUUCACGGUGCCACCGCUCGGCGCUUUAUCCGGGAAGGCCUCGGUCUGUCCCCACAAGGUCGGGAGCAGCAGCGGUUCUCUCAGCGCCAAGUUCUCCAUUUCCAGCAAGAUCUCCGCUCUCCCCGGGGCCUGCUGAGCCCGCUCUGCCCUUGCCCCGCCUCCGGGGCUCCCGGGCUGCACAGGUGCCGGGAGCUGGGAGAAGGGCCUCGAACAGGGGAAGGGGCAGUUGCGCGGCCGCCUCUGGCGCGGCCCCCGGCGGGGGCGGCCCCCGGGAAGGGCGCCUCAGCACCAGGGGCUCCGCCGCCUGUGCCCUCCGGUCUGUUUGCUGUGGUGCUGGAAGCGGCUUCCUCAAGCUCCAGGGAUGAGGCUCUACGGGACAAGCGCGCCAAGAUGCUGGCACGUGGGCUGCCGAAACAGAGGCCCAUAGAAGGAGUUAAGCAGGUGGUGGUCUUGGCUUCUGGAAAGGGGGGAGUUGGAAAAUCAACAACAGCAGUAAAUAUAGCCCUUGCCCUAGCAGCAAAUGAUUCGACAAAAGAAGUUGGUUUACUUGAUGCAGACAUAUACGGACCUUCAAUUCCAAAGAUGAUGAACUUAAAAGGAAACCCAGAAUUAACACCAAAAAAUCUAAUGAGGCCCCUUAAGAACUAUGGAAUCGCAUGCAUGUCUAUGGGUUUCUUGAUAGAAGAGACUGCUCCGGUUGUGUGGAGAGGGCUCAUGGUAAUGUCAGCUGUUGAGAAAUUGUUGAGACAGGUUGACUGGGGUCAGCUGGACUAUUUAGUAAUUGACAUGCCACCUGGGACAGGAGAUGUACAGCUGUCAGUCUCGCAGAACAUUCCAAUUGCAGGUAUCUGUGAUCUCUCCACUCCACAAGAUGUGGCUUUAUUGGAUGCACGUAAAGGAGCUGAAAUGUUUAGAAAAGUCCAUGUACCUGUUUUAGGACUAGUUCAAAAUAUGAGUGUUUUCCAGUGUCCCAAAUGUAAGCAUGAGACGCACAUUUUCGGAGCUGAUGGUGUAAGAGAUCUAGCAAAAACCCUUGGAUUGGAUAUUUUAGGAGACAUUCCACUGCAUGUUAAUAUACGGGAAACGUGUGAUUCCGGACAACCUGUUGUGGUCUCGCAGCCUCAAAGCGAUGCGGCUAAAGCCUAUCUAAAGAUAGCUAAGGAAAUAGUAAGACGACUGCCAGUACCGCCUGCUUGA